AUGAUUCGGAGAUGUAUUCCCGAGAUAGACCAAGCUUAUGUUUUCCAGGCAUGCCAUGCUAUUCCUUAUGGAGGUCAUUUUGGAGGAGUAAGGACAACUGCUAAAGUUUUGGAGUCGGGCUUCUAUUGGCCAACGUUGUUUAAAGAUGCACAUUUUUGGGUAAAGAGCUUGGACUAUGUCUCGAAAUGGGUAGAAGCUGUAGCACUCCCAACAAAUGAUGCAAAGAGAGUUAUUGAUUUUCUAAGAAAAAAUAUCUUCACCCAAUUUGGAACUCUAAGAGCUAUAAUCAGUGAUGGUGGAACUCAUUUAUGCAAUAAAGCUUUUGCAAGGCUACUAGAAAAGUAUGGAUUUCGCCAUAAGGUUGCCACGCCUUACCACCCGCAAAUAAGCGGGCAAGUGGAAGUAUCCAAUAGGGAAAUCAAAAGUGUCCUGACCAAGACAGUGAAUGUGACUCAGACUGAUUGGGCAAGGAAGUUGGAUGAUGCAUUAUGGGCUUACUGCACAAUAUUUAAAACUCCAAUCGGUAUGUCACCAUACAAAUUGGUAUUCGAAAAGGCGUGUCACUUACCUGUGGAGCUAGAGCAUAGAUCUUUUUGGGCAUUAAGGCAAUUAAAUCUUGACAUGGAGGCCGCUGGUACGAGUAGAGCCACAGAGCUUCAUGAACUUGAUGAGUUUCGUUACCAUGCUUUUGAAAGCACCAGGCUGUACAAGGAAAGGAUGAAGAUCAUUCACGAUAAGCACAUUCUAGAUAUGAACUUCAAACCCGGAGAUCUGGUGUUGUUAUACAACUCGAGAUUGAGAUUAUUUUCGGAUAAACUGAAAUUUAGAUGGUCGGGACCAUUUAGAGUUGUGCAAGUGUUCCCAAGUGGAGCUGUAGAAAUUGAGUACGAAGGUGGAACUAACAGGUUUAAAGUGAAUGGGCAAAAGUUGUAA